AUGGCAUCUGAAGACUUCGCUGCUAAAACAGCUGCCUUUUUGCAGUGGUUCAAAGCUCUGCCAGGAGCCACGUUUUCUGACUCAAUUGAGAUUGUUGACCUGCGGUCCCGCGAUGCAGGCCGUGGAAUAAUUGCUGUUCGCGAUAUCCCGGCUGAUACAACUCUCUUCACCAUACCCCGGAGUGCAAUCAUCAACUCCGAAACCUCUUCGUUGAGCCAGAAGCUGCCGAUUUUGUUUGAGAGCCAUGGAGACGAAGAUGAUGAGCAGGCACUCGAUUCCUGGAGCGCGUUGAUCCUCAUCAUGAUGUACGAGUUCUUCUUGGGUGACCAGUCAAAAUGGAAGCCUUACAUGGAUGUACUGCCACAGACUUUCGACACGCCCAUGUUUUGGUCUGCAGAUGAGCUAUCGUACCUUCAAGCUAGUGCUACUGUGAACAAAAUCGGCAAGGUCGACGCCGAAGAAAUGUUUCGCACACGGUUGUUACCUGCUAUUCGCAGCAACCCGUCCGUCUUUCUAUCAAGCGAUGGCUGUAGCGACCAAGAUUUGAUUACGCUAGCGCAUCGUAUGGGUAGCACCAUUAUGGCUUACGCAUUUGAUUUGGAGAAUGAAGAUGCCGAUAUUGAUGGCGAGUCAGAUGGCUGGGUGGAGGAUCGAGACGGAAAGUCAAUGAUGGGCAUGGUUGCAAUGGCGGAUAUUUUGAACGCGGAUGCCGAAUUCAACGCACAUGUCAACCAUGGAGAGGACGACCUUUCCGUCACUUCGCUGCGUGAUAUCAAGGCAGGGGAGGAGAUCCUCAACUAUUAUGGCCCGCAUCCCAACUCCGAACUGCUUCGAAGGUAUGGUUACAUCACAGAGAAACAUUCAAGAUAUGAUGUGGUGGAAGUGCCCUGGGAAACAGUACAAAAUUCCCUCAUAUCUCAGCUUGGUGUGCCACACGAAGUCAUGGACAAGGCGAUGAAAAUGAUAGAUGAAGACGACUUGGAAGAUGUCUUUGUGUUAGAACGGGAAUCCGGCGAGCCAAAUGCGGAUGGAACAUUCUCAAGCCCUGCUGUUGUGGACGGGAUACCGACAGACUUGAAAGAGCAGCUAAAAACGACAGUCAAACUGCUACAGAAAGUGAAUGGCGAUUUGCUUUCGGAUAAAAGAAAAAGAGAUGAUAUCUUACAGGCUACAAUGAUCGCAGCGCUUCAGGCCAUCGCGUCGCGAUACCCAACAACAGUUGCCCAAGAUGAGCUUCUGUUGUCAGGACAAAAUCUCACCCGACGGCAAAGAAUGGCUAUUCACGUCAGGAUUGGGGAGAAAAAGCUUCUACAGGAGGCAUGUGAUCAAUUCUCGGGGAGGGCUGCCCAAGAUGCGCCUGACAUGGACUCUGCGGCAACCAAAAAGGCAAAACGAUCCGAAUAG